CAUAUUGUGUUAUUAUUGUUGUUGUUGUUAUAUUAUUAUAUUAAGUCAUGAUAUUGUCUUAAUAUUGUUAUUAUUAGAAGACAUGAGGCAAUGAUCAAAACAUGUUACAAGAAAUGGAAAGUUAAUAGUAGUUUGCAAUGGGUUGGGUUAAUAGGUUCAGCACUUGGAGAGCUCCUCCAACAAUAGCCAUUAUUAUUAUAUUAAGACAUGAUAUUGUCUUAAUAUUGUUCUUAUUGUUAGAAGACAUGAGGCAAAGAUCAAAACAUGUUACAAGAAAUGGAAAGUUAAUAUAGUAGUUUGCAAUGACUUGGGUUAAUAGGUUCAGCACCUUGGAGAGCUCCUGACUGGACCUUUUGCCCCAAUUGGCUUUUCACAAGGGCUCCCUCCAGUGGCCACAGGAGGGAUUGCUCCCCUCUCACCUACUGGGCUCCCAGCAUUGUGUGGUGUGCAAGGUGUGAGGCCUUGUGCUGCGGCUUGUGCAACCCAACCUCCGCCUCCAGGCACCGCUUCCAUUGGAUGGGAAUCUGGGAAGGUGAGACUUCGGCCUCGGCAUUUUCCGCCCACUCUUUGUGUGGCAAUCGCCUCCGAUGAGCCGGUGCCAGAGAGUCCCAUUCGCACAGGUCCCUGUCGGAAACAGGAGCAAAGAGCAGUUGCCUUGGACGUCGCGAUGGCUGCCCAACCCGAAGGAGAGAGCCAAGAGGCCCCAAAGACAGAGAGCGUCGUGACCCGGAUCACCAGCCUCCCCUUGGUCAGCUCGACCUACGACGCCUGCUCCGCCGUGUACAAUUACGCCAAGGAGACCUUCCCGUACAUCAACACCGCCUGCAACGUGGCCGAGAUGGUGGCGGCGGUGGCCCUCGGGAGCGCCGUGGGGGGCGCCCAGCCCAUCCUCAACCACCUCGAGCCCCAGAUCUCGGCGGCCAACCAGUAUGCCUGCAAGGGGCUGGAUAAACUGGAGGAAACAAUCCCCUGCCUCAAUCAGCCGGCGCAUCAGGUCAUCGAGGAAGGUGUCGUCCUGGCCAAAACGGUGGUGGGUUCCACAGUUGCCACGGCCAAGGAUGCCGCCAACGGGGCCAGGGACCUCGUGGUCCAUCGAGUCACUGCCGCUGUGGACCUGACGAAGGACAUCCUCCAGGACGGUGUGGGGCUGACCAAGUCGGUGGUGGAGGCCACGGUCCAAACCGCCUUGAACGCCGCCGACGAUGCCAAGGCCCUGGUCUCGCACCGGGCGGCGGACGUCCUGCAGCUGGGCCGAGACACGGCCAAGGAGAGUGCUGACCUGGCCAAGGCAGUGGUCUCCUCCACCGUCAACACCGCCCUGCAGGCCGCCAUCGGUACCAAGGACCUGGUGGUGAGCGGCCAAGUGGCGCAGGCAGGGGCCGUCCAAGAAGGGCUCGAGAUGACCCACUUCCUGCAGCAGAUGGUGGCCACCGGAGUGGACGCCGCGUUGGGGAAGACGGAGGAGAUGGUGGACUUUUACCUCCCCUUCACAGAAGCAGAGCUGGCUAAUCUGGCCACCGAAGUGCAGGGCUUUGGGCCAGCGGAGGGGCAACAGGGCUACUUUGUGCGCCUGGGAUCUCUCUCCAGCAAGGUCCGCCGUCGGGCCUACCUGCAUUCACUGACCAAGCUUCGGCACAUGAAGGAACGCACCCAGGACCGGCUCUCCCAGCUCCAGCAAGUCAUCAGCCUGGUCGAGCAGCUCAAAAAAGGUGUGGGGCAGCGGGUGCAAGACGCGCAGCAGAAACUGAACCAGUUGGUGGCCGAAUGGACCCAGACGCAGCCGGGAGGCGUUGCCGAAGGAGACCUCCCGUCCGAGGUGGAGCCCCGUGCCUUGGCCCUGCUGCGCUUCGUGACCCAGGACCUGGGCCCGGUGUCCCUGCGCCUGGUGGGGGUCCUGAAGGGUCUACCCCGCAGCCUCCGUGAGAGGGUGAACCAGGCACUCCAUAACGCCUUACAGCUCCACGCCUCCUUCUCCACGGUCUCCUCCAUCCACGACCUCUCCGACGGCACCUUGACCCAGGCACACAAGACGGCCACCCAGGCCCGGGAGUGCCUGGACACCCUGGUCAAGCACAUUGCCCAGGCUGCGCCGCUGAACUGGGUCGUUGGGCCUUUCCGUCCCUCAUAUCCCCUCGACAAUAACAAAACAGAAACGUCCCAUCCCAAUGAUCAGGAGAUGGAAGAGAUACCAGACGCGGAUGUUGGAGAAGAGAUACCGGCCGCGGACGUCGGAGAACCGCCGAAAGAGAUGGAAAAGGCAUCCGGAGGGCUCGGAUCGGUGGACGAAAGUGGAGCCCAAGAAAACGCCGAGGUGCUGACCAAGGUUUGGUCCGACAUGCCAAGGAAGGCGAGGAAGCAAGAGGAGCGAGCCGUGCCGGAGAAGGCGUGCAAAAGCGACCUCAACCAGGUCUCCGAGCAUUAGAUGCCUUCAACGCCCAUCCCAAGUUGAAAUGAACGGUUGUGUUGUUCAGGGGCAGCUAACAAAGGAUGCCCCCAGGCAGGAAGAAGCCAGUAGAUGAAGCUAUUUAAUGCUAAUUAAGGUGAUUAACUACAACAUUCACACUGGCCUCCAACUGACAAGAGUUCUUCUCUCACCCUAGACUUUCCACAGAUAUAUAUAAACCUUCCUUGCUUAGUUUCUCCAUACCUCACAACCUCUGAGGAUGCCUGCCAUAGAUGUGGGUGAAACGUCAGGAGAGAAUGCUUCUAGAACAUGGCCAUACAGCCCGGAAAACAUACAACAACCCCGAUUGUGUUGUUAAAGUGUGAAGUACGGAACUUACUGCGCAGAUGGGGAAGCCUCUUCCCACUCAAAGACUCUUUGAAAUGCCUGAGAAAGAGCACUGGAUGUUGUGUCGUUUCCAAGCUGUAUGGAUGUAUUCUCGCAUCAUUUUCUCCUGACAUUCCACCUGCAUCCUCAGAAGACUCCAGCCACAGAUGCGGGCAAAAUGUCAGAAGAAAAUGAUGCUAAAAUACAGCCAUACAGCUUGGAAACCACACAACAACAUGCCAAUUAUUCCGUGAGAGUCUUCAACAGCAUUAGAUGUCUUUGCUUCCAAUACAAGCCUAUUAAAUGUCAACAUUCCAGUGAAUUCGCCAUGAAAUCCUUCAACAGCAUUUAGAUACCUUUGCUUCUAACACAAGCCUAUUAAAUGUCAACAUGUUUCUGCGAUGCCUUCCUGAACGGCAAGGGGUUGGACUAGAUGGCCUCUGGGAUCCCUUCUGACUCUACGAAGCGCCCAGAAAAGAGCAUUAGAUGCCUUUGUUUCUGAUUCACGGAAGAAGUCGACACUUGGUUUACACAACCGACGUCUCACAGUCCCCAUCGUGUUGUCUUCGCCUUUGUCAUCCACAAAAGAAAACGAAAUAAAUAUUAAGCAUGUAAACAAAGGAAACAUACGACUGCUAACCUUACAACAAGGGCUAUCUAGUCCAUCCCUGCUCUGCACAACUAAAACACUCCUUAAAGAGGACCAUCCACCUUCCUGUUUUCUAACAAAAGCUGAGAAUUUCCAUAAACUUUUCUUAACUGUGUGUAUACAUGAAGUCUUCUUUCCCACUUCGUUUAUUGCCAUUUGUAUUACAGAUAAUAAUAAUGAUAAUGAUAAUAAUAAUAAUAAUAAUAAUAAUAAUAAAGCAAAGUGAAGACCCUGCUUUGAUUGAAGUAAAAAAUCAGAAACUCCUCAAAGCACAGCAGACAAAAAAAAAACAGUACAAGAAAACCGCACUACAAACUAGAGUUGACAGCUGGCACAACAAAACAUUGCAUGGAAAGUUCCUUGACAAAAUUGAAGGAAAAGCUGAUAAGGAGAAGACCUGGCUCUGGCUCACAAAUGGGACCCUGAAGAAGGAGACAGAAGGCCUCAUCCUUGCAGCCCAGGAGCAAGACAUCAGGACAAAGGCCAUUCAGGCCAAGACUGAAAAAUCAGCUGAUGACCCAAAAUGCAGACUGUGCCAGGAAGCUGACGAAACCAUGGAUCAUAUCCUCAGCUGCUAUAAGAAAAUCGCACAGACAGACUACAAACAGAGGCACAACUAUGUGGCCCAAAUGAUCCAUUGGAACUUAUGCCUCAAGUACCACCUCCCAGCAGCAAAGAACUGGUGGGAUCACAAACCUGCAAAAGUAUUGGAAAAUGAGCACGCAAAGAUACUGUGGGACUUCCGAAUCCAGACUGACAAAGUUCUGGAACACAACACACCAGACAUCACAGUUGUGGAAAAGAAAAAGGUUUGGAUCAUUGAUGUUGCCAUCCCAGGUGACAGUUGCAUUGACGAAAAACAACAGGAAAAACUCAGCCGCUAUCAGGACCUCAAGAUUUAACUUCAAAGACUCUGGCAGAAACCAGUGCAGGUGGUCCCAGUGGUGAUGGGCACACUGGGUGCCAUGCCAAAAGAUCUCAGCCGGCAUUUGGAAACAAUAGACAUUGACAAAAUCAUGAUCUGCCAACUGCAAAAGGCCACCUGACUGGGAUCUGCGCGCAUCAUCCGAAAAUACAUCACACAGUUCUGGACACUUAGCAAGUGUUCGACUUGUGGUUUUGUGAAACGAAAUCCAGCAUGUCUAUCUUGUUUGCUGUGUCAUAAUAAAAUAAUAAUGGUAAUUAGGAGGAACUAGCUGUGUCCGGCCACACGUUGCUGUGGCAAAGUCUACUCUUCUGACUGGCAGCCAGGGAAAAAGGGCUCUUCCUUGUCCUCUGUAAUUUGGACUUUAUUUUUCUAGGGUUUUUUAUUGAAAGACAUAGAUUGGAUGACUAUGUCUUUUGUGGCCAAAUUUGGUGUGAUUUGGUUCAGUGGUUUUUCUGUUUACUCCAUGGGAAAAAUGCACAUUACAUUUUUAUAUAUAUAGACUAGCUGUGCCCAGCCACACGUUGCUGUGGCGAAGUAUGGUGGUAUGGGAAAUAAAGUAUUGAGGAAUUAGUGGUAGUUAAGGUAAAGGGUAAAGGUUUUACCUUACAUCAAGUCCAUUAUAAAUGGGUUAUAUAGCUGUGUGGAAGGGCCUUGAGUCUACACUGCCAUAUAAUCCUGUUCAAAUCAGAUAAUCUGUAUUUUAUAGGCAGUGUGGAAGAGGCCUAAGUGAGGCCUAACUCUGCCUGUCCCCUGGGCUGAGUGGGAUGCUAGGAGACCAAGUGGGCGGAUCUUAGCCUUCUAACUGGCAGCAAUUGGAUAAAAACAAAACAAAAAGCUCAGCCCAGGGGACAGGCAGAGUUAGACCUCACUUAGGCCUCUUCCACACUGCCUAUAAAAUACAGAUUAUCUGGUUGUAACUGGAUUAUAUGGCAGUGUAGACUCAAGGCCCUUCCACACAGCUAUAUAACCCAUUUAUAGCCUUCUAACUGGCAGCAAUUGGAUAAAAACAAUUCUUCCUUCUCCCUCUAAUUAGGACUUUAUUUUUCUUUUCUUUUUGUUGUAUGAACGUAGAGGCAUGGAUGAGGGGUUGUGCUACCAAGUUUAGUGUUUCUGGGAUGUGUAGUUUUGUUGUUUUGUCCUAGGCUGAAAUUUCAUUACCCUUUUAUAUAUAUAGAUGUAAAGAAGGGCUGGAAAAAUCUAUCUAUACACAUAAUAAACGUUAAAAUGUG